AGCCUGCACUUCACCCUUACACCGGCUGAUCCCAGAUCCAACACUCCCAUGGCCAUCACGGCCACCUGCGCUUCGCUGAUGCUGGAGGCCACCCAAGACCGGAGCUAGAGACGGAGCCCAGGUGCAACCUCUGUCCCUGCAGGGCGCGGAGCCAUGAAGCUGAACGAGCGGAGCCUGGCGUUUUAUGCCACCUGCGACUCCCCGGCCGACAACUCCGGCUUCCUCUACAAGCGAGGUGAGCGGCACACGGCAUAUCACCGCCGCUGGUUCGUGCUGAAGGGCAACAUGCUCUUCUACUUUGAGGAGCGGGAGAGCAGGGAGCCGGUGGGCGUCAUCGUGCUGGAGGGUUGCACCGUGGAGCUCUGUGAUUCAGCCGAGGCGUUUGCCUUUGCCAUCCGUUUUGGUGGUGCCAAAUCUCGCACCUAUGUGCUGGCAGCCGAGAGCCAGGCUGCCAUGGAGUCGUGGGUGAAGUCGCUCUCGCGGGCCAGCUUUGACUACAUGCGGCUGGUGGUGCGGGAGCUGGAGAAGCAGCUGGAGGAGAUGCGCUUGGGGACAGCCGGUGGAUGCCAGCAGUCACCUGGCUCCUGGAAGCAAAAGCCCUCGGGGCUGGAGCAGUUCCCGGAGCGGCUGCCAGCUCUGCCCACUGUCCUGCCAAAGGAGAAUGGCUGCGCGGUGUGGAACAAUGCACCGGGAGCGGAUCAGUCACCCAACACCUGCUAUGGUGGGCACAACAGCCAGGGGAGCCCACGGCCACUGCCACUGCCACCACGCAGGCGAGCAUCAAGCAGCGAGGCAGGAAGCGCAGGGGCAGCUGUGGCAGAGACCCCAUCCACCUUCUGCUGGCUCCACGAGCGCUAUGGCCGGGAGGUGACCCAGCUGCGGCAGGAGUGGCUGGAAAGGCGACGUGGCCCCCGGCUCUGAGAGGUGGCCGAGCUCUGGGGACUACACCAGCCUGUAUCAUCAGGACCUGUGACGGAGAGGAGGAGAUUGUCCUUGGUGCCACCUCGGUCUCCUUCUCACCCUGGGAUGUGCAGCCCUGUCUGCAGUGGUGAUGGACACCUGCUGAUGGUGCCACCCAUGGCCCAGAGCCAAGGGACACCAGUGCUGCUCCGUGAUGGCAAAGCACCAGCCCGGCACCGAUGGCAGCUGGAAUCAGUGUGCCACCAGCCAGGCAUGAAAUUCCUGGGCUCUCAGGGCUGCCAUGGUCUUGGGCAUCUUGUGCCAGGCAGUGGGUGCUCCCUGCAGGGCCAUGCCCGGCUGUGGGUGCAGGGUGCAAGCAAGCUACGGAUCCCUUCCUGGCUGGUCCCUCCUGGGAAUCAACCACUGCAACUUGUGGGGCCUCUUGAUGCUCUUGCAGCAGGAUGACACACUGACAAUGCUUUUGGAGGAGGAUUUUGACGGGAUCUCACCCUCCUGAGCUCCUGUGUGGGUGUUUCGCAGCAGGGAGCCUGCUACCAACCUUCCCCUCCCUGCCCAGCACAAACAACUGCUUGAGGUCAGCCAAGUACUGCCAGAUCCCUCUGCUCCAGCAGGAUGUGGUUUGAAAAUGAAAAUAUCAGCGAGCGCAGCCCUUCCUUAAUGGCAACAGCACCAGCUGCACGAGGAGCGUGGUGACGCCCAGCCACGGGCAUCUUGCACAGGGCAAUUGCUGCUUGCAGCCUGGCCGGGGAACCCACCAUGGGGACAACCCAGAGGGGACCGUGGCAGCUGUGGCACCACCUUGCUGGGUGGAUAUUUUGGGCCAGAGCUUCAUCCCUGGUCAGCUCGCAAAGGGGAAGCAUCACUCGCUGCGGAGAAUGGGAACAUAUGUGCCAGUGACAGAGUGUGCCGAAUGAUUCAUGUGCCAAACCAGAGCGAAGCUGGUGUCUCAUGCCAGUGUUUUAUUUCCCCAAUGGUUUAUAUUGACACUAAAGCUGCUGGUUUGGAGGUGGAGUGACCCACCCCGGGGCUGGGGGGAGCAGUUGGGUGCCAUGGGUUUGGCCCAGGUGGCUCCUUCUCCCUUGGCCUUCUUUGA